GCUUAGAACAAAAGGAGAGGAGACGAAUUAAGUGCUUACAACAAUAAAACAAUUUAUAUGUUAGUGUGAUAGUAUUGUAUGAAUUAAGUUAGAUAACUUGAUUUCAUUCUUACCAGAUACGCUGCAGAAUGGGAGCUCAAAUUGCAAAGGAGCUUGGAGUCUACAAUGAGGAAGAAAAGAUUUGCACUCCUAAAAAUGUUGGCCGUGAAAGAUACCGACUGCUGUACGAUGACCCACGAUCUGUAACUGCUGGUAUAACACGCACACCAAUACAGGUGGAAUGCACUCCGACCGGAGUGAAAUCAUCGUCUCGUUCAAGAAGCAUUAUACAGUCUGAAAGCAGUUUCUCUAACGAAGCUGAAGUCAAGAAACAAGAUGAAAAUGACUCAGGUUACAAGGAAGAAGUGGAAGUCAGUGAAGAGUUGAAAGAAGAGAACAGAUGUGUAACACCAGAGUUGGUUAGGUACUUGGAGACCGAUAUUGACAAGGUUGACUCACCCGUGAACGCAGCAACACCUCUAAAAACCGUCGAUUCUUCUCCAACUGACAUCCAUCAUUCUACUUUGAUUACUGAAGAGAAGCCCGAACCGUUGAUGGCUGACCUUCUGUCGCCGACUGUUACGAUAUCACGCACACCUCAUUUGGUGGAAUGCACCCCAGAGUUAUUUGCCUUGCACUCUCGCAUUGACAGUAUGAGCUUUUGUGAUUUUGACGCUCACAUCGAUGACCCGUCAGCGAUCGUGUCCGAUGACGAAAAUUCUUCUCCACGCAACCAGUCCACCAUCAACAAAUGGCUUUUUGGGGUGGAGAACAAAUUGGCGACUCCAGGCAAUGAUUCGUUUGCAGACAGUCCCAAAACCGUGGCAAAGAAACAGAAAGAGCUCAACGCCUUGAAGAAACAGUUGUUCUUCACUCCCGAUAUUAGAGUCACCGAACCUGUUAAACCCAAGGCGAGAACUCCGUUAGGCGACCUGCAGGCGGGUCAGUUACGUGAGUCGCCUCAGAGGAUGUUGAAGGCUAAGCAGUGGCGCAACGUUGCUGAUGAACGCAAGCGUCGCGGUCUGGUGGACGCUGAGAACACCCCACCAAACCAGCAUCUCCCUCCGCUCACCUCAGUCGCAUCCGCUCCUGGCAAAAUCACCGAACGCAAACGUAAUAAAAUUAACUGGGACAGCGAGAAUGCUAUGAUGAUUUAAAUGUUUGUGCUGCGACAUAACUUAUAUAUGUUUUAUAUACUUGUAAGUAAAUUAUUUUACUUCUAUUAAACAUUUUGUCUGUAUAUAAACUUGUAUCUUUAUUAACUGUACUUCUUUUUAUUAAGGUUUGUAAAAAUAUAAUAUUUUUUCUCUUA